AUAAAUAAGAACAUGAUAACACAAGAAAAUCACAAAAUCAAAUUAAACAAGAGGAAAAAAAACCCCUAAAAGAUGAUGAGUUUCGGACAAGGCUUGUUGCAUGUAAUACUCGUUUUAACGUUGUACGUUCAUGCAUGCACGUCGAUGGAUUGCCAAUUAAACCCUUUGGAUUCAAACGGAGUGGCACUGACCAUAGCUGUCGGACACGAAGGGAAGUUCUCCAAUAUUCAACAAGCCAUCGACUCCAUCCCUUCGGGCAACGACAAAUGGAUUCGCAUUUACAUCACUUACGGCUCUUACAAGGAGAAAAUUAAAAUACCAAAGGAUAAAGGAUGCUUAUAUAUGGAAGGAGAAAGUCAAGGGAAUACACAGACAACAAUAUCGUGGGGAGACCAUGACUCCACUGAUCAAAGCUCUACUUUCACUGCCGUUCCCGACAAUAUUGUCCUAAAGAACCUUCGCGUCGAGAAUACGUACGGCUUAUAUUCAAAAGAGCCAUUAAAACAAGCUGUAGCAGUGAGAUUGCUUGGAGACAAAUACGCAAUAGUCAACUGUUCGUUCAUAGGGUUGCAAGACACCCUUUGGGAUGGCUCUGGGAGGCACUACUUCAAGGGCUCUUACAUUUCCGGUGUCGUCGAUUUCAUAUGGGGUUCCGGUCAGUCCAUAUACGAGGAUUGCACGCUGAACGUGGAUCUGAAAUCGUCAUAUCCGCCGAGAACGGAGGGGGUCAUAGUGGCACAAGGGCGAGAAUCGGAGAGCGAAGGAGACGGGUUCGUGUUCAAAUGGUGCAAAAUAACGGGCGGCCCGACGAUGCUGGGGAGAGGAUACAGACCCUAUUCUCGAGUCAUUUUCUACCAAUGCCAUUUCCCUAACACCAUCCUUCCUCAAGGCUGGGACGCUUGGACCGGCCAAGGAAAUGAGCAUAAAUUGACGUUCGUGGAAGCGGAUAACAACGGGCCGGGAGCGGACUUGUCAAAGAGAGUGCCGUGGCUGAAGAAAAUGAGUGCGGAGGAACUCUCCAAGUUCACCGAUCUUUCCUACAUCAAUUCUGAUGGUUGGAUGGCUAAAUUACCUCCCAAUUACCUCAAGUGGUAACUCCUUUUUUACGGUGGGGAUUUGUAACAGUUAUUGGCCUUUUUACAUUCGUACUUUCCAGAUCUAAGAUCUCGAAUAGUGGGUAGAAAAAUCCCAUAAAUACUGUGAAAAAACUAGUUCAUGUACCGUUUGCUUGACAAAUAAACUCUUGAAU